AUGUCUCAGAACUCGAUGAGGCUCGCCUUUCGAGCCGCACGGCCUCUUCACAGACCGCAAGACCCGACGACCUACCUCCGAGCAUGUCGAGGCAUUUCCAAUGCUUCGCUGCAGCGGCAAACGACGACGCCCAGACAGGCACACUCUCACCCCAUCAUCCCACGGCUCGAAAAGAAGGAUAAUCACGUAACAAGACGACACAUCUCCUCCUCGCCCGUCCGGCGGGCGACCGUGGUGGUUCAGAACCCGCGGGUCGACGACGACGGCAACGAGAUGACCAUCACCAUCUCCGAGCGAGCGGCCAAACGCCUGAAACAGAUCACGAGCGCUGCCCCCCCGAGCAAGAAGAACACGCUCGUCCCUUCAUCCUCCUCCUCUUCCUCCUCGCAGCCAAACGAUUCCCACCUCCGCGUCACCGUGACCUCGGGCGGCUGCCACGGUUUCCAAUACUUAAUGUCCCUCGAGGACUCGUCCAAGAUCGACCGGGAAGAAGACACGAUAUUUGCCAGCGACGACGGGUCGGCGCCGUCGGGCCCGGGCAAGGCCGAGGUGGUCAUGGACUCGGCGAGCCUGGAGUUGUUGAAGGGCAGCACCAUUGACUUCACCCAGGAAUUGAUCGGGAGUCAGUUCAAAAUCGUGGGGAAUCCGCGCGCCACCAGUAGUUGUGGCUGUGGCACGAGUUUCGAUAUUGAGUGA